AUGGGUAUUACCAAGGCUGUCGCACUCCUUGCGCUGGGUGCCCCAAUCCUGGCCUCCAACAGUCCUGGUCUUCCUUUCGUCAUCAACACUUGGUCCGGUCCCUUUGAAGCCGCCACCGAGACUGCAUACCGCCUCCUCUCCAAGAACUGCACACCUUCUGCCCUCGAUGCCGUCCAGGCCGGCUGCACCACCUGCCAAGAGGCUCAGUGCGACUCAUCAGUUGGCUAUGGCGGCUCGCCCGAUGAGAACUGUGAGACGACUCUCGAUGCCAUGAUCAUCGAUGGCGAGACGCUCAACGCGGGCGCCGUGGCCGGUAUCAGGAGGAUCAAGGAUGCCGUUGGCGUGGCGCGCAUGGUCCUCGACCGAACGACGCACACCAUGCUAAGCGGCGAUCUCGCAACCCAAUUCGCGGUGGAGAUGGGCUUCGAGGAGGAGGACCUGACAACGCCCGCCUCCAAGGAGAGAUGUGAGACAUGGAAGGCGGCCAAUUGCCAGCCAAACUAUAGGGUGAACGUGUUGCCCCAAGGCCAAUGUGGCCCUUAUACGCCCGACCUGUCGUCGCGCAAGCUGGUGGAUAAGCGCCCGGUUUCACACGACACAAUUUCCAUGAUUGCCAUUGCAAAAGAUGGGGCUAUGGCGGCGGCUACGAGCACAAACGGCGCUACCCACAAGGUGCCAGGCCGCGUUGGCGACGGCCCUAUUGUUGGAUCCGGUUCCUACGCCGACAGCGAGGUCGGUGGUUGUGGCGCUACGGGGGACGGCGACAUCAUGAUGCGCUUCUUGCCUUGCUACCAGGCCUUGGAGAGCAUGAGAGGCGGCAUGAGUCCUGCAGAAGCGGCAGAAGACGCUGUGCGACGGAUGGUGAGCAAAUACCCCGAGGUGUCCAGUGGCCUGGUCGUUGUGGACAACAAAGGCAACCAUGCCGGCGCCGCAAGCGGCUGGACGGGAACCUUUACGUAUUCCUUCAAGGGUGGAGAUAUGGAGGAGACGGAGGUUGUGGAGGUUCCCAACAUUGCAUAG